UUCAGAGGCAACUACGGAAGGCUCUUGACGUGAGCACUCGCCCGUCACCUGUGUGUCGAUUACUCAGGACUCCCAUUCACCCCUUGACGAGUAUCAGCAAUAGCGGGAACAUAUAGGUCCUGGUACCUCCCCCUCAUCUCCCCUCAUCAUCAGUCGACAGUGGCUACCGCUCAGAGGCCCGUCACCUGCGCCCGACGCGCUGUCUCUCUCCCGAUCAGACAUCUCACGCCAACAAGAAUCAGCCACCGCAUUCCUCCGGGCCGUCCCCACCCCCUCGCGCGCUCCCUAAUCCCCACCACAACAUCCCCCACGCACCGCCAGCACAUACACACCAGCAUGUCGCUCUACGCGUCCCAAGGCUUCAUCCAGAAGCUCCCGCGCAGCCCGGUCCCGAUGCCCUCGCCAGCCCCUCAUGCCGGCCAUCAUGAACCCGACCCCGUCCUUGUCCUCCCUGCUCAACCCCCCAUCCUCUCCGCGAUCGAGCGCUCCAAGCAGCUCGCCGCGCACAGUGCCGUCGACGAGUUCGUCACCCCGAACAUGAAGAUAAUCGGCAUUGGCUCCGGGUCCACUGUCCCCUACGUCGUCGAGCGUAUCGUAGCGCAAGGCGCGGAGGCGAACCGGGACCGCAUCUUCGUGCCGACAGGCUUCCAGAGCAAGGCGCUCAUUUUGAACUCGAAGCUGAACCUGGGCGACGUGGAGCAGUUCGGGGAUAUUGAUGUGACGAUUGACGGCGCGGAUGAGGUUGACAGCAUCGAGCGCGGGUUGAACUGCAUCAAGGGCGGUGGUGCAUGCCAGCUGCGCGAGAAGGUGCUCGCGGAGGCCGCCAAGACAUGGGUCGUCGUCGCCGACUACCGCAAGAACUCAGACGUCCUCGGCACGAACUUCAAGCCAGGCGUACCGAUCGAGGUGGUGCCGUUCGCCUACCUGCAGGUGUUGAGCCGACUACAUCACAUGGGCUCGCCGGACGCGAAGCUCCGGAUGGCAGUGGCGAAGGCCGGCCCGGUGGUCUCCGACAAUGGCAUGUUCAUCAUCGACGCGCCCUUCCCGCCCGAAAAGCUUGAGGAUCCAGCGAAGCUCCUGCAUGAAAUCAAGCUCAUCACCGGCGUCGUCGAGGUCGGCCUCUUCUGCAAGAUGGCGCGAGCGUGUUACUUCGGCAAUGAGGACGGCACGGUCACCGUCAAGUGGAACGAUGGGCGUGUGCAGAAGAUUGACGCCGACAGGACUCCUUGAGCCGUCCUCGUCGUUCGCGCAAUCUUGACCGUCGGCCAUGAGGCCACCUUAGGCUCAGGCUCAUGAUCGCCAGCGAAACAAAUGACCUAGGCGUCGUCGCUUUCCCAAGCGCCGUCUCCCCCAGUAGACCCAAGACGAAGCACUGUUCCAAAUGUACCAUACGGAAGUACACUGUCUACUAAUCCCUACAUGCUAGCAAUAGUAACUUAUUUGAAGCAA